AUGGCCGAGAAGCAGCCCCAAUUAGCAUACCCCAUGGCACCCUCCGCCAACGGCUACACCCGAAGCGACGCUGAGGCCGGCGCCGCCGCCCACGACGCCAGAGAGCAGCGCAAGAAGAAGCGCACAAAAUGCUUGCUCUACAUCGUCCUCUUCGCCAUCUUCCAAGCCGGUGUCAUUGCCAUAUUCGCGGUAACCAUUAUGAAAGUCAGAACCCCAAGGUUUCGCGUCCGCUCAGCCUCGUUCGAGAACUUUAACGUCGGCACGCCGGCCAGUCCCGCUUUCAGCGCCAGGAUGAACGCUGAGCUCGGAGUCAAGAACGCCAACUUCGGCCGCUACAAGUACCGGAACACCACCGUUGUAUUCUUUUACAGGGGCACGCCGGUGGGCCAGGCUAUUCUGCGGAAUUCUCGUGUGAACUGGAGAGCGACGAAGAAAAUCGAUGUGGCGGUGGAUCUGAGUUUGGGUAACGCGGCGGCGAACUCCCAGCUGGGUAGCGAUUUGAGCGCUGGGAUUGUGCCGAUCACGAGCCAGGCUAGAAUGACUGGCAGAGUGGAGUUGGUGUUCGUGAUGAAGAAGAACAAAGCGACGGAGAUGAACUGUAACAUGGAAAUUGUGACGGCUACACAGCAACUUAGGAAUAUCGUCUGCAAAUGA